AUGUCCUUCCCCGAUAAAGACGCCCGCGCCAAGUGUUGGACGGCACGAGACGAAUACUGGGCCUGCCUGGACAAGCACGCACCCGAUUAUCAGUGUACAUCGCAAGCACCGGAACCGAAGGAAUGUAUACAGCUGCGAAAGCUGUACCAGCAAGGCUGUCCUGCCCAGUGGGUGAAGCAUUUCGAUCGCAAACGGACCUACGAUCAGUUUAAGCAGAAAAUGGCCAAAGGCUACGAACCGCUCAACGAAACAAAAUAGAGGCGACCAGAGGAGGCAGCAUGUGUAUCAUACGAACAUUUCAAAUAAGACACCUUGUUUCUUUCGGCAACAGACAGCCAGAAUGGUGCUAACCUCCACGGUUAGCUAGUGGAGGUGUGUAGUAAAUAAAACAGUCAUGUAUUCAUCCAUUACCACGAAAA